AUGGUAUAUGACAAUUCGCAAUUCAACACAGAAUGGGACCCCGACCUGGACCCCAACGACUUGAGAGAGCUUCAGGACGCAGAGCAAGACCCCACCAAAAUCAUUUCGGAGCUUCCAAAAGAAGCUGCGCGUAUGGGAUACUACUCUACUAUCUGUUUGAUAUUUAAUAGAAUGAUUGGUGUCGGCAUUUUCAGUUCUGCUUCGGCUGUGUUUCUAAAUACACAAAGCAUCGGGCUAUCCCUAAUACUCUGGAUGCUUGGCGCUAUUGUAACUCUGGCCGGUUGUUUUGUUUUUGUAGAGCUGGGUCUUUCCAUCCCGAGAUGGCCGCUUGGACGGACUGGGGAGAAAAUAUCCGCUAUCCGAAGUGGAGAUGGAUUGAAUUACGCAAGCACUAAUCGACCUGUUUUCCUCGCUACAUGCAUGUACGGAAUCACUUUCAUUAUUCUGGAAAACACCGCUUCAAACUCCGUAUCCUUUGCAACUAAUAUUCUCGACGCUGCCCAUGUUAAGCAAGCUCCUGGAAAAAUCAUCGUAAUCGCUAUUGCGGCAAAUACUCUCUGUUGUUUACUCCAUGCUUUGUCAAGAAAGUGGGGUAUCUUGUUGAACAACUUUCUCGGGACGCUAAAGCUAUUUAUAUUGCUUUUUGUCAUUGUCAUUGGAUUGAUAUGGAUUAACCGCGAUGUGGCAAAAGAAAAUUUCGAUCUGAAGACCUCUUUCAAUUUUGACAACAGUCCUCGAUUACCAUUUCGUUAUGCCGAAGCAUUCAUCUAUGUCAUUUUGCCCUAUGGCUCAUUCCACCAAAUCAACUAUGUUGUCGCAGAAGUUCGCGAGCCACGAAAGAUAUUCCCUCGAGCGUCAUUCGCAGGAGUUAUUAUAGUCGUUGUGAUAUAUAUGGCUGUCAAUAUCCUUUAUGCAGCCAUUAUUCCUAAAAAACUUCUCUUUGUAGCUGGCGGCGCUGAUGUUAUGGGGCUCUUCAUGACUCGUACUUUAGGCCGAGUGUGGACCAACCCCAAACAUCUAGCUACCUUUGUUUCGGUUCUCAAGGCCAUCUCAGCACUUGGGAAUAUCAUCGUCGUUACUUUUACUGCAGCCCGAGUUAAGCAAGAGAUCGCAAAGGAAGGGAUCCUGCCCUACUCGCUUCUAUUUUCGGGUAGUUAUUCCCUGUCACUCAGUGGUCUCUUCAAGCGAAAGACAAAAUCGACUCCGAAGACUAUAUAUCACGAGAAAACCCCGGUAGCCACCUUAGCCUUGCACUGGGUCAUUACAUCCAUAGUAGUCAUCGUCCCCGUCCUCGCCCUUCAACCAGUCCCGUAUUCUACCACAGCAGCAUACUCAUAUGUUACCAUCGCUUGGACUUACAACAUUGACGUCGCGUAUUUCGUCUUUAUCGCCCUCGGAUUGCUAUGUCUACGUUUUACUCCGAGUGUUGGCUGGGCAGAGAAGUCCCAACUCAACCUACCUUGGGUGAGCAAAAUCUCAGCCUUGGUCUUCUUUAUUGGCGCUCUCUUCCCCUUCAUCUUCAUGUGGGUCCCUGAUCCCAAAUUUCCCUUCGCAACUCGAACGAACAAUAAAGUACAAUGGUGGGCUGGACAGCUUCUCGCCGCAUGCCUACUUGCCUUCUCUUUCUUGUACUGGGUAAUGUUCAGGCUAUAUAUCCACAUUCGAUCCGCAAGAGGAGGCAUGACUUUGCACGUGAAGCGAGAACCGAUCUUCAAGCACGACCGCAGUGGUCUAACACAAGUCCUCGAAAUCAUAACUUUGCAGUGGACAAGAGAUGUCGGGAUGAGAAUUGAUCAGAUUGAGGAAACGGACAACAAAUAUGAAGAUUCGACUAGAGGCUCAGCCUCGCCUCCACCACAAGAUGAUAUGAGUGGAUGUGGGAGAAUAAGUCCUUACGAUGGAUGGGAAAGUCGUACUAGUUCUGGACUAGGACGAAGCUCGCCUCAUGAGAUUGGAGCGCAGCAACCUCGACAUACGGUGAGGCGCAAGCCAGUGAUGUCGGGGAUUGGUGUGCGGCAGCCUCGAUAUGCUGUGAAGCGCAAGCCGGUGAUGUCGGAAAUUGUCGCAUGA